UUGAUAGCUAACCUAAUUCACAUUAGUAUCUUGUUGUUUUGCAUUAAUGGAAAACGAAGAGAAGAAGAAGAAGAAAACAUUUGCGUUGAUGAAGGAAAAGUUGAAGGAAGUUGUCAAUAGUAUUGUUGAAGGAGAUGACUUCACUCUUCACGCUGCGGAUGAAGCUAUCACUGCUCUUUCUGUUCUCAGGGACUUCAAAUGCAGCAGCGCUUCUUUUUCUUCUAAAUUCGACCUUUUGUCUUUUCCUGUUCCUGUUUCUGUUCCUCCACAGUUUCGAUGCCCCAUCUCAGGUCACAUUAUGACUGAUCCUGUUAUCUUGGCCAAUGGACAGACUUAUGAUAGACCAUUCAUUCAGAGAUGGCUGAAUGAAGUCCACAAAAUUUGUCCUCAAACUCAACAUGUCCUCUCUCACUCCAUUCUUUCUCCUAAUUAUUUAGUCUAUGACAUGAUCUCAAGGUGGUGUAAGGACCAAGGAAUUGAGCUACCAAUGCCUGUUGGGGACAUUGAAAAUGGACAAGUAACAGAAGCACACAAAUAUCGUCUGCGUUUGCUGCUUCACAAACUUUCAUUAUCUACAUUGGAUCAAAAAGAAGCCGCGAGAGAGAUUCGUAUGUUAGCGAACCGAAUGCCAUCGUUUCGAACACUCUUUGGUGACUCAGAGGUGAUUCAAAAAUUGCUCAUUCCGUUAUCGCCUGGUGUUGAUUGUGUCGAUCCAGAACUGCACGAGGACUUGAUCACAUCUGUUCUAAAUCUCUCAAUCAAUGAUAACAACAAGAGAGUUUUCGCAGAGGACGAAAAGCUUAUGUCAUUUAUCAUUGAUUCAUUGAAAUCAGGAACAAUUCAAACGAGAAGCAACGCUGCAGCAGCUAUUUUCUCGUUAUCAGCUGUUGAUAUCAACAAACACAUCAUUGGAAAAACUGGUGCUAUCAAGUAUUUGGUUGAUCUUUUAGAAAAGGGACACCCAUCAACAAUGAAAGAUGCUGCUUCAGCUAUAUUCAAUCUAUGUAUUGCACAAGAGAAUAAAGCGAGGACAGUUCGAGAAGGUGCGGUUCAGGUUAUUCUAAGCAAGAUCAUCAUGGACCAUGUUCUGGUUGACGAGUUUUUAGCUCUAUUGGCACUUCUGUCUAGCCAUUCCAAAGCUAUUCAAGCGUUGGGAAGUCACGGUGCCGUCCCUUUCUUUAUGGAUAUUUUAAGAGAUAGCAGCGUUUCGGAUCGAAGCAAGGAGAACUGUGUUGCAAUCUUGUACAUAAUAUUUUUCAAUGAUAAAACAAAGAGGAAGGAAAUAAAAAAUGAUGAAAUAGUUAAUGGUACACUAGCUACGCUUGCGCAAUGUGGAACUUCAAGAGCUAAGAGGAAAGCUUGUGGUAUUCUUGAUAGGCUCAAGUUAUCUCAGUCCUCAAAGCACACUACUUGAGGGUCUAUUUUGGUGUCCAUUUGUAAAAAAAAAUAUUAUGAGAAACUGUCAAGAAAAUAUCCCAUUAAGGGUAUAGCAUACUAAUUCUUAAAUGAAAUUGAGACUAGAAAAUUGUAAUUACCUCUUUGUAAAUGAACUUCUUGUGUUCUGUAUAGUUUGUAACAAAAAAAGGAAAAAAGAA